ACCCGGGUUUCGGAGUCCGCGCCCUAGUGCAGCAUCUUCUGUAACCCUGGCACUCGCUGCUGCCUCUCCCCGUCCCUCCACAGAGGUCCCUGCCGGCCGGGUCCGAGGCCGCGCGGGGUUGUGACCUUCCCGGGGUACGUGAGGGUCGCCACGGAAGCCGCUUAGGGGGAGGCAUCUCUGGGCUGCCAGCACUCACAGCCUCCCCCCAAAUAUUUUGACCGCAGCCUUCUCCCUGCUGGGACCGGGUUUUGUUGAACAGAUUUUAAUUUUUUUAAAUGCCUGCACCUUUUCCCAAUUAGCUCGGGUCAUGCUGUUUUUUAUCUUUUCAAUUGUGCUCUAGCGCCAGGAGGCUUGGUGGGGUUUGGCGUCGGUGCUUCGGCACGGGAGGACCCUGCCCGUGGGGAAAAUGGUUCACGCCGGCCCCCGACCCCUUUGCAGGCUUGCUAUUGUGCGCGCGUGAUUGACGAGGCCACGAGGCUGAGCGCGCCCGGGAGAUUUUCCUAUAAAUGGCUUAGAAGCCCAGUCUGGACGCUUUCCUCGGAUAUAACGGGGACAAUCGCCUUCCUGUUCCUGGCUGGCCUGGAAUCUCAGCGGGCUGCCCAGGCCAGCGCAGGGGCACCCGCAGCCGCGACCCGGCGCCCAGCGGGCAGUGGAGAGCGGCGCUCCGCGCCGGUGCGGGGCCCGGGGCCCGGAGCGGGGUUGCCGGGGCCCCAAGCGGAGCGCGCGGAGAAAUGGACUGCAGUAAGGGAUGUGCCGCGGAAGGUGCCGGAGACCCAGGAGAUGGAGGAGCGGCAGGGGUGGCGAAGACGUUCCAGGCUAAAGAUCUAAUAAUCACACCAGCCACCAUUUUAAAGGAGAAACCAGACCCGAGUGGUCUGCUGUUCGGAAGUGUGUUCACCGAUCACAUGUUGACAGUGGAGUGGUCGUCUGAGGGUGGAUGGGAGAAGCCCCACAUCAAGCCUUUUCAGAACCUCUCGUUGCACCCUGGAUCUUCAGCUUUGCAUUAUGGAGUGGAGUUGUUUGAAGGAUUGAAGGCGUUCCGAGGAGUAGAUAAUAAGAUCCGAUUGUUCAGACCCAAUCUCAACAUGGAUAGAAUGCUCCGAUCGGCUGUGAGGACAACGUUGCCGGGAUUUGAUAAGGAAGAGCUUUUGGAGUGUAUUCAACAACUUGUGAAAUUAGAUCAAGAGUGGGUCCCUUAUUCAACAUCUGCCAGUCUAUAUAUUCGUCCUGCCUUCAUCGGAACUGAGGCUUCUCUUGGAGUCAAGAAGCCUACGAAAGCCCUGCUCUUUGUGAUCUUGAGCCCAGUGGGACCUUAUUUUUCAAGUGGUGCCUUCAAUCCAGUGUCCCUGUGGGCCAACCCAAAGUAUGUAAGAGCCUGGGAAGGGGGAACUGGAGCCUACAAGAUGGGAGGGAAUUACGGCGCUUCUCUUUUUGCGCAAUGUGAAGCAAUGGAGCAUGGGUGUCAGCAGGUGCUGUGGCUCUAUGGAGAGGACAAUCAGAUAACGGAAGUUGGGACUAUGAAUCUUUUCCUAUACUGGAUCAACGAAGAUGGAGAAGAAGAACUGGCAACCCCUCCGCUAGAUGGCAUCAUUCUCCCAGGAGUGACGAGGCAGUGCAUUCUGGACCUGGCGCACAAGUGGGGUGAGUUUAAGGUGUCAGAGCGGUACCUCACCAUGGAUGACUUGACAGCUGCCCUGGAGGGGAACAGAGUGAAGGAGAUGUUUGGCGCUGGGACAGCGUGUGUUGUUUGCCCAGUUUCUGGGAUCCUUUACAAGGGCGAGAAAAUGCACAUUCCAACCAUGGAGAACGGUCCUAAGCUUGCAAGCCGGAUCUUGGGCAAAUUGACUGAUAUCCAGUAUGGAAGAGAAGAAAGUGACUGGACAAUUGUAUUAUCCUGAAAGGAAAAUACAAGAUCUCAACUGUAUGAGCUUGGGAUGAACCCGUUGCAAUGGGAUUGUGAUAGACUCCUUUGGCUGCCUGUCAGUUGUCCUAAUGUAGUUUGUAGGAUCAGUAUAUUACAAGGAUGAUUCUCUUCUUACGCUAGAGAAAACGAAUUGCAAUCAUUCAUGGUGUUCUUUAAGAUUGGUAGUAGCUUAUGUUCCCUUUUCCUAGAAAGCCAUAUAACAUAGAACUUUCCUCAAUAAUUUGAGUGCCUCCCUUAGUCCUUCACUUAGAUACAACAAUGUUUACUCCUUGGUAUAAAUUAUACACUACUCCUCCACCAAACUCAGUGUUUUUGUAUGUGGGAUUGAAAGCUGAUUGAAAUGCAUUUCAUGGGUAAUGUUCCAUGUAUCACAUCGUUAUCCUUGGAAAGUGUUUGCUUUUUUAACUCAAGACUGAAAAACUGGAUUUUCUUCAUCUCACGGUUUUGCGGACCACUAGGUCCAUCCUAGGGGCCAUAUCUCCCUUCUUGCUGGUGCCACAGUCUGCUCCAAGCUCAACCUGCGUGUCAGACCUGAGCAUGGGUCUACCAUGCCCUUUCCAUUCGGCGGUGUCAUUGGCUGUCAGGCAUCUACAAGACGGGAAAUCUUAUGCUUAUAAGACCUUUGGAUCCCCAGUGCCUGUUGCACAGUAGGCACUCAAGUCCAUGGUGUACCUGAUCAAUGAAUGACCACGUAGCUUCUGUACAAGUGCAUUUUGUUCCUCUAUUAUGAGUCCUCCUUCUUAGAAUUUGUGAUGGAUUCUGACUUUGUGUGUGUUUACCUCAUGCCUUGUUUUCUUCCAUGGACUACUUAAUCAGCACAGGUACUCAGAGGCACAGUUAGUUGGAGGAAUCAUUUCAUAGUUGAAGACCACCUUGAGAUUGAAACAGUCAUCCUGGAGAGAAAUCAUAAUAUCACACCCAGCAAAUGGAAAUAGCAAAUGUUAUACGCCAUGUGUCAAAUAAGAAAUAGAUGGUCUUUCAUGUCGGGGAUAGGUAAAAAACAAAGAGGUAUAUUCUGUUGUUGUAAGUGGUCUUUUCUGUUGAUUGGAGACCAAAGUGAGCAAACGGAGACAGAGGGGAAGAGCUGGGAAUUAGAGUUGCGUGCUAACUGGUUUAUCUAGGAGAAAGUUAACUCUUGAUAGGAAACAUUUGUCCUUGGACAGUCAGCUCUCAGAUACUGAAUUUUUUUUUUUUCAGUUCAAAUCAUUUUCAUUUUACUGAUCAUAUAUUAUUAUUUUUUUCAGAGCAAGGGGAAAACACAUUCUAAAAGUUUCCUAAGACAUUUAUCAACAUGUAGUAAAUGGACUUUGAAUCUCUUCCAAAGCUUUCUACCUUAGGGUCACUUUGAGACUUGAAUGGCAAAAUGGACGUUAACAAAGUGUAAGAUGAACAGACUGGUGGAAGUAUCUUUGGGGAGAGUUUUAAUUGGAGAGCUAAGCCUUGGGGAGGGCUCUCCUUUUCAGAUCUUCUGUGCUCCUGACUGUCUCACCAAGUGGCAUCUAAGGGGAUGCUUUGGCUUAGCUAAAUUCACUCCCCUCACUCUGAAUACGGUAGCCUCAAAAAAAAAUUUCAGGUAAUUUCAAUGAUCAUCUAAAGCAUAAUAACUAGAAUCUGUUCCUAUGAGAAAUGGAAAUUACUUGUUUGCCAUAAAUAUAUUUUAUACACAGGACAUGCCCAUUGUGAAAGUUGGAGAACAUUAAUUUUGUCAGAUUACUUUUCCAGAGAGCAUUUUAUGCCCUUUCUACCAGACUCAGUGAAGAUUAAGGAUAUACAUUUUUUAAAAUGGGAGAUCUCCUAAUGCAGAUAACACAGUCUGCCAUUCUCAUUCAAGUAAUGGAAAUUGACCCUGACACUAACUUGUUAAAAAGAUUUAAAAAGAACAUCUGCACAUCUUUUUUCCUUGUUCACUGUUUGUUUAAUUGCAGUGGAGGAAUACAGCAAGAGUGCCAUGUUCUAUCUAGGCAAUUAUCCAUUCUUCAAGACUUAGUUAUCGCAACACUAAUUGAUCAUUUAAGGCGUAAGAUAGUCUAGCAUUAGGAACAUGUGAGGCUAAUCUGCUCAAAAAGAUCAACAAAUUAAUAUUGUUGCUGAUAUUUGCAUAAUUGGCUGCAAUUAUUUAAUGUUUAAUUGGGUUGAUCAAAUGAGAUUCAGCAACUCACAUGUGCAUGAAUAUAAACAGACUUGGUGGCACUUAAAAUGAUAAUGAUUAACUUAUUUUCCUUGUGCUCUUCUUCCCACUUUCUCCAGUUUCUACAUUCAGACCAAGUCUGUCAGCUUUUUCUAAAAUGUCUCUGUGGAAACAGGAAUUUUAAAAUGAAAUGUUAUUCAGGCGUAGAAAAAAAUUCUAAACAUUUCCUAUGAGAUUGACUCUUAAGAAUUUUCUUUCUUAGCAUAAUUUAUUAAGGAUUCAAUCCAUGAAACACUGAAAAAAGAGUCCAGCUCGGGGGUGAAUACUCUGACCUAUACAUUACAGCCAACAGGAACUGAUUUCAUUAAUAACACCUGCGUGCACCUUUGCUCUUGAUAGAAUGGGAAAGAGAAAUAAAUGAGAAAUCUUAAGGAAUUACACAUUUAAAGUAUGAGUUUAUUUUGGUCUCAAAAUUUUUUUUAAAGACAUGCAUAAUUUUUUUCAUGAGAUGCAUUUUCCAUGUAUUGGUGGAAAAAUUUGCACCAAAAUUAACUCACUUUCGUUUUUUAAGUUACUUUUUCAUUUUAUUUGGAAGCAAUUAGAUGGAGACAGGCAAACAGACCUUCUGUCCACUGGAUUACUUCCCCAAAUACCCACAACAGCCAUGGCUCAGCCAGACAGAGCCCGGGAGCUUGGAACUCCACCCAGGUCUCCCGCAUGGGUGGCAGGCACCCAAGUACUUCCAUAUGCUGCUCCCCAGGAAGCAUGACCGGAAGUGGAGGAACAAGGACUUGAUCCAGCCACUCCAGGAUGGGAUGUGGGCACCCCAACUGGCAACUGAAGCCCUGUGCUAAAUGCCUGCCCCCAAACUCACAGUUUUAAUUCUAAUUUUUCCAGGAAUGUUUUGAAGUACCCUCAGGCAUCCUGAGUAAAUUUCUUCACCAUAUUGGUUUUGUUGCUUGAUAAAAUGGUACCCAUACAAGUGGUCUUGUUUGCCUCCAAUCUGAGCAUUCUGGGGCCCUUGAAGGCAGUUUAUGAGUGAAUCUUAGAAGAAUUGUACAAGCUGUUGUUAUUAAAGCUGCAGUUUCAGUUCUGCUUUAGGGCAAUUGUGCUAUGAAAACAGCUGCCAAAAUAAACUUACUUAUUUUCCCCAGUCCCAGUUCCACUCAAUGUUCCAUCACUCUACUGUGUUGCUUUUUUUGAACAUCUACAUUCCGUUUACCCUUAUGGGGGGGGGGGGGGCAGUGAGGAUGUGUUUUAAGCAGAAAAUAACUUGUUCACAUUCAGUGAGUGAUAUCUAAAAUAUUUCUAAUAUUUCUUGGAUGCACCAAAGCAAGGUAUUUAGACAGGGUUAAAGUAACUUAUUUCAUGAACUGAUUUUUUUAAAUGAUCAGAGAACUCUUCCUUGUAAUAUGGGUGUUGAGGUUUUUCCUUACCUGGAUAUGUAAAAACUGAAGUUCCAGUCGGCAGUGCUAAGAGGGUUGUUUCAUAACAACUCCUUUGCUUUGCCAGGAGUAUAAUGUGUUUCACUCUCUAUUUUCCAUAUAAGCUCCUCCCCCACCACUGCCAAAAAGAAGUGUAAGGGGUGGUCCCAGCUUUUCAAGAAGCCUUACCUAUUAAUUGACUAUAUUGAUUAUGUAGUUGACUAGAGAUUAUAUUAAUUGAUUAGAGAUUUUAUAGUUCGUGUGAUAAAUGUUGAUCAGGGAUUAGGAAGUUAGGUUUAAAAAAUAAAUAGUAUGUAAGCAAUACCCUCAUGAGACUUAUAGUCUAUUACUUGAACUAGUUUAGAUAUAGAAACAAUUCUUAAUAGUUAGAUAAUAAGUAGAGAAAUGCCAGAGUACAUCUGUCAUCAAGAAAUCACAAUGCACGUUUAUUUCAUCCCAUUUCUUUAGUUAAAUUUAUUAUUAUUACUAUUUAUUUGAAAGGCAGAGAGAGAGUUACAGAGACAGACUGCAAGAGAUCUUCCAUCCACUGGUCUACUUCCCAAAUGCCUGCUACGGCUGGGGCAGGGCCAAGCCAAAGGAAGGAGCCAGGAACUCAGUGCAGAUUUCCCACAAGACAGAGAUGGCAAAGGUCCAAGUAGUUGAACGUGAGCAGGAAGGUGCAGUCAGAAGCAGAGCUGAGAUGUGAACCCAGGCACUCCAGUAGGGGCUGUAGGCAUCUUAACCACUGAGCCAAAAAAUACAGUCUCAUUUUUAAAGAAAAUUGGUCCUUUUUAUCAACUCUCCUUCUCUCCUUUUUCUCUAGUUUAAGACAACUGCGAAGGGUUAACCUGUAGAGUUACUCUGUCCCAGCCUGUAAAGUAUAAAUUACUCACUUUGUGGCUUACUCCUUAUUACCAACCUCAUGCAUUUGUUGUCGGCAUGCUUCAUCCAACAAACCCUGCAGAUUGCAGUAUCCUUCCUUCCUAGUCUUUUUUUUUUUUUUUUUUUUGGACAGGCAGAGUGGACAGUGUGAGAGAGAGACAGAGAGAAAGGUCUUCCUUUGUCGUUGGUCCACCCUCCAAUGGCCGGCACAGCUGGUGCGCUGCGCCAGCGCACCGUGCUGAUCCGAUGGCAGGAGCCAGGUGCUUCUCCUGGUCUCCCAUGGGGUGCAGGGCCCAAGCACUUGGGCCAUCCUCCACUGCACUCCCUGGCCACAGCAGAGAGCUGGCCUGGAAGAGGGGCAACCGGGACAGAAUCUGGCACCCCGACCGGGACUAGAACCUGGUGUGCCGGCGCCGCAAGGCAGAGGAUUAGCCUGUUGAGCCGCGGCGCCAGCCUCCUUCGUAGUCUUAACCUCAAAGCUGAUCAUAUUGAAAUAAACAAAGAAAAUGAUCCUAGAGGGAAUUUUUUAAGAAAAUGUCCCAUAGGAAUCUACUCAGAAAAUAACUUCCGUGGAAUUAUGAUUUCUCAUAGUUUGAAGUUUUACCAAAGAAAGACCAUUUAACAUAUUACAAAGAGAUUAAUUCUCAUUGCCAAAAAGCGCUUUUUGGAAAAAGAUUAUUUUUUAUUUGAAAGGCAGAAUUACAGAGAGGUAGAGACAGAGCUUCCAUCCAUGGGUUCACUCCCUAAAUGGCUGCUACUGCUAGGCUGAAGUCAGAAGUAGGGAGCUUCUUCCAGGUCUCCCACGUGGGUAUAAGCACCCAAGCACGUAGGCCAUCCUCCGCUACUUUUCCGGGGCAUUAGCAGGGAGUUGAGAAUACAAAGGUAGGGCUGGUGUUGCAUUGCAGAGGGUUAAGCUGCCACCUGUUACGCCAGCUUCCCGCAUGGGCUGUGAAUCCCUGGUAAUUGCAUGGGAAAGCAGCAGGAGAUGGCCCAAGUGCUUGGAUCCCUGCCGCCCAUGUAAGAGACCCGUGAAACUCCUGGCUUCAGGCUUUCUGUUGUAGCCAUUCAGGGAGUCAGUCAGCAGUUGGAAGAUCUCUGUCUCUACCUCUCUCUCUGUAACUCUUGAUUUUCAGGUAAAAUAAAUUUUUUAAGAACUACAAAGCUAGAAGAAAGUGAUUUUUUAAUCCUCAUAAUACCAUAAUAAAAUACUUCUCAAUUAUUUAAUUUGGACAGGUUGAAAAUGAGGUAUCAUUAGAGUAUAGUAGUGUUUGUGGGUAAAUAAUUCCCUGGGGUCAGAUACAUGUAAACAUACGUACUUAAAUUAAUGAUGCAGGCAUGAAACUCAGUGUUUGAAAUUGAAGUACUCUGUAAAAUCUGCUGGAUAGUUUAUUGAAGUCUAAAUCAUCCUGUCUGAAAAUAUAUUUUUCAUACCAUGGUAAACCCAACUAAGAAAACCUAAAACUUUGCUUCCAUACGUACAAUUUAUGUAAUCCACUGUUGGGAUUGUAAACAUUGAUAUAAUCUGUUGGCAUAGAAAUGAAUUUAAAUAUGAUUUCUCUGGACAUCCACUAUCAUAAAGGCUACAUUCCUAGUUGCCUAUCAUUGAAUUAUGGAGAAAAAUUUAAACAGAGAAGAUGUGAGAGGAAGAACAGGUGGAGGUAAAGAAAGGAAUGUUAUGGGGAGGGCAGUGUGAUUCUGUGCUGUCCAGAGGAGCUUUUCUUUUCUUCUGCCAUGCAUUGAGAUUUUCAGCUUUCAAUAUAGGUGCCAAAUACAAACAGUACUCUUUAGGGAAGUGACUAAUAUUAUGGCCAGUUUACCAGAUAUUAGGAUUAGAUCACAAUCUUGACAUUAUGAGUGUUAUAUUAAACCACUGAAGAUUACAACCAACUUGGAUGAGACUUUAUAAUUACAUAGACUGUAGGACCUACUAUAUCAUUUCUAAACCAUGUAUUCCAAGAUUCAUGGAGGCUUCUUAAGAUUAAAUAAAUGAGAAGGAGUAUAUUAUAACUUUUUUUUUCGUAAAAAUACUAUUUACCACUGUCCCCUUCUCCUUGGUGGAAGUCAUUAAGUUAUCUGGAAAUAAUUGGAUAUUAUUAAGUGGUUAACUAACAACGUUCUGCAGUUUUCUCAGACCAGUUGCACAAGUUCAUUCAAGUCAUUCUCAAAGUUAAGAAAGGAUGGCAAAUAUCCUUUGAAGAACACAGGAAUUCUUGAGAAUAUGGUUAUAAGAAGAUGUUGAUUCAGGUCUUAAAAAUAAGCUAGCUAAUCUGUGUGCUGUAAAUUCUGCAGAUGUUUCUUUGGUGACUUGUAGCAAUGAAUGAUCGUAUUGUAUACCCAGUUAGUCAAUACAGGGAGCCAGAGUCUUGCCCACGCUUUUAGAGAAUUUGUGCCUACUUGAUAUGACAGCCGCAGGAAAGUAAGUCUUUUGAGGGAAUUUUAAAAUCGGGGCUUGCCUGUUCUCUUGCGUCUGAAUGUGAUUGCAAUGUCUGUUGUAAUGGUGAACCCACACACGAUGGCCAGUCUUUCUUCUAUCUCUUGUGUUUAUCUUUGAAAUUCGUUUUAAGAAAAUUGGAGUAGAAAGAAACACUUCAUCCAUGAGGAUUGGCUUUCAUGAAAAAUUGCUGAGGGGUCGUGUUGAAAAGAUGGAAGCUUAUGAAACCCAAUGGGAACAUGCACAGUAGAGUGGGUGAAAGAAACUACCUCAUUCUUUGAAGGUUUUGUGAAAGCACAACACUCUUUAAAUGACUUUCUUGUACGAGAGCCAUCUGGUGUGACGAUGUCUAUAUUUGUAUGUCUAAUGGACCUGGAGUCAUUUCAUUUUGCUGGCAAUAGACACAUUCUAUCAUUUGUAAGUUCCUCGUCAGAUCUGUAAUUAUACAUGGAACCUGUCAUCAAUAAAACAAAUUAAAGGAAUCGUGUUUGUGUAGCCUCAUGAAAAGAGACUUGUUAGAUGUAUGAAAUAAUAAUGCUUAAUUACUGUUUUUAUGUCCUCAAAGUUUUGGGUCAGGGGUUGUAAAAUACAGGGUAUUUUAAAACUGAAAUGUCAUUGAGAGUGAAGAGGAACACAGAAAAAGAGCUGGUGGAAUCUAAAUACAUCUUGUCUUCAAACACUUGGGUAAGAGAGAUACAGUGAGCAUUUCAAAACUGUUCUUUCCCCUGGUUAUGGAGUUAUCUUGAGUAAAAUUUAGCUUUGUCUUUUGAAUUUUGCACAGAAUGAGGUUACCUUUUCCCAUUCACUCUUAAACCAUACACCCCUAUGUGGUUAAUUUUAUAAGGUGAAAGAAAUCUGGUAAAAAUCUAAACACCAGUGAUGUGUCCUUUUCACCAAACCAGGCCUUGUAUAAGUUGCCCUGGAAGAGGGAUGGUUGCUUGGCACAGUGGUUGGAUCACCGUGUUCCACGUCAGAAUGCCUGGGUUCAGUCCUGGCUCCAGCUUCCUGCUAACGUGCACCCGGGGAGAUGCAGCUGAUCACUCAAGUACUCGAGUACCUGCCAUCCACAUGAAGGACCCCACCUGGGUUCCAGGCUGUUGAGUUCAAUGUUUCCUAGCCCUGCUAUUGUGGACAUUUCAGGGAGUAAACCAAAGAUCUCUGUCCCCCUGCCUUUCAAAUACAUAUUCUUUUGUCAAAAAUUGUCCUGAAAUCAUCUACUUGAGAGAAUAAAGCCAAAUGCAGAUAUAGCCAUA